UGCUGACGUCAAACGGAAAUUUGCAGCAGCAAUUCUUUCUAGAAAUCAGUAGCAGAGUCUCGACCAGUCUAAACCACGUUAGGUGCGUUUAUCCAAGUUUAUCUGUGCUAGAAACAGCCUGCUGCUGCUCUGAAUACUAAUACACAUUAUCUGAAAAGUGCUGCGUUUGAGUGAUAUCUGUUAUCUGAUUGUAGAUUGGAGUUAUCUUCGUUUAGCCCACUGAACUUAGCCGAGUCAUAGCUCGAAGCUAACGCUGUUCGGCUGCUAUACUGGCGUCAUGUCGAGGAUAGACUACAGCGUGUGGGACCACAUCGAAGUGUCUGAUGAUGAAGAUGACACCCAUCCCAACAUCGACACACCCAGCCUCUUCAGAUGGAGACACCAGGCACGUGUGGAGCGAAUGGAAGAUUUUCAGAAAAGAGGUGAAGACAUGACCAAGGCGCUUGGUGACAGCCGGCGUAAGCUGGCAGAGGCACAGAAGAAAAUGCAAGAGCUGAGCUGUUCAUCAACGGAUGACGCCAAAGCAGAGCUGAGCAAAGCCCAGUCUGAGGAGAAGAAACUGAAAAGAGAGGAGCGGGAUAUGGAGAAGAAAGUGGCGGAGCAUAACCGGGAAGAGAAGAAGAUGCCGUGGAACGUGGACACGCUCAGCAAGGUGGUUUUCAGCAAGAGCGUUGUCAACGUCAAACCUGAUUCUGCUGAUGAGACCGAAGAAGAGAAGGAGAAGAAGCAUAAAACCUUUGUGGAGAAAAAUGAGAAGGAGAUCAAACAUUUUGGCAUGUUGCGACGUUGGGACGACAGCCAGAAGUACCUCUCUGACAACUCUCAUCUAGUCUGUGAAGAGACGGCCAACUACCUGGUCAUCAUGUGCAUUGACCUUGAAGUUGAGGAGAAACACGCAUUGAUGGAGCAGGUGGCUCAUCAGACCAUUGUCAUGCAGUUCAUUCUAGAGUUGGCAAAAAGCCUCAAGGUGGACCCCCGCGCCUGCUUUCGGCAAUUUUUUGCCAAGAUUAAGACAGCAGAUGUACAGUACCAGGAUGCCUUCAAUGACGAGCUGGAGUCAUUUAAGGAGCGGGUUCGGGGCAGGGCGAAGAUCCGCAUCGAAAAGGCCAUGAAGGAAUAUGAGGAAGAGGAGAAACAAAAGCGCUUGGGACCUGGAGGGCUAGAUCCUGUUGAAGUGUACGAGACGCUGCCAGCUGAGAUGAAGAAAUGCUUUGAUGAUAAGGACAUCGGGAUGUUACAAGAUGCUAUUAGCAAAAUGGACCCAACGGAGGCAAAGAUUCACAUGAAGAGGUGCAUAGACUCGGGGCUCUGGGUCCCCAACUCUAGGACAGACGAUGGGGACGAGAAAGAGGAAGAUGCUACCUACGAGGAGGUGAAACUGGAGCAGGAAGAAACUAAGAAGGAAGAAACCAAGAAGGAAUGACCAACAUUGAUCCCAUGAUCUGUUGCUUCUGCAAAUGUAUUUGUCCCACUGUAUUGCGACUCCACUAUGUGUAUGACUAGUUUGCCAAUCAUGGAACAGUGAAAUAACUUCUCUUAAAUAUUUAGCUGACAAUUAAGGGAUUAGCGUUCACCUAUCUGCACAACUGCGUUGCAUCGGUAACUCCUGCUUGGAAAAGAAACUGCUGCUCUUGUUUAGCUCUUUUAUUUGUUUCGGCUGUAUUCUGACCUUUAUUUGUGUACACCUGUCAGUUUGUGUGGGAGUGCCUGCCUGCUUCACUUGUGCUGUUGUAUAGUUGGUCUAUACAGUUUCAGGUUGUGCAUACAAUGAAUUGGAUGGAUGGAUUUUUUUUUUUUUGUCAUUUCCAAAUUUAAGAUUUUGUUUGUUAGACUUUUAGGGCUUGAGCAACCAAUGUAUUCAGAUAGUUAUUUCCCCAAAGUGACAUUUUCUACAAACUUGCUUAACUAAAGGUUGAAUUAUAUCCAACUACUCAAAACCAAGGUGGUGUUGUGGUUGUCUCUAAAAACUCAAGGUGUGGGCGACUUUUCAAAUCAUAAAGUUAGAGGUAAAAAAAUGUGAGAAAAUGAUCCAUCUGCAAGACAUGUUUUAAUUUGGAGCAACUGCAUCUGUGCAUGGGUUCUCUAAUGAAGCAAUACAUCAACAUUCAGUGGUACUGUAGGUAAAUAGAUGGAUAUCGAUGGCCUUUGGUGCAGCACCUACAGUGUAUUUUAAUUGUUAAAAGGACAGCUAGCUCACAGUUGAUGUUAUUUUUCAUUUAGUAGUUAAUUUAACAUGUUAUGGUGCUGCAAACAUGUAAACAAACAUGCUUCAGUUAGCCAAUAUAAUAACAUGUUAUAGUUACAUGCUAUUUUUUUUAUCAAGUUUAUAAAUUAGUUUAUUAUUAUAUUUCUGUUGUCAUUCCUUUAAUAGUCAUUGUAACUGAUAAUAAUGUGAAAAUCUCACACCGUUGCAACCUACAACAAAUAUCAAACACAUAAAGUAGUCCCAAAAGUGC